AUGCUCCGGGUCUGCUUCACCAGCGGCAGCACAGUGGCAGAGUUGACUGCGCAGGACGUCGCGGGCUUUGCUGCGUCGCACGACGGUUGGGUAUCGGGUCUGAAGCGCCACCUUGCUUGCGCGGUUUCGCGGCCGCAUUUCACCCUCCGACUUCUGGACGAAGAUGCGGCGCUGAGUGAUGCAGCUUCUUUGAGGUUGCCGUGCACGUUGCAGCUGGUUCUGCUGCCCUACCGCGCAGCCGAUCUUGCUGACGCCCAGGCUCUGAUCGCUGCUGCGGGCAGGGACGACCUGUAUGCUGUCUCUGCGCUGCUGCAUGGGCCGGUCGACCCAAACCUCCGCGACGACCGGGGCGAUUUCGCGCUUCUCCGGGCUGCCUACCACGGCAGCGCAGACUGCGUCGCCAUCCUCCUGGAAGCAGGUGCCAUGCCAGACCUUGGAAACUAUUCGGGCUCCACCCCUCUGCUGUUGGCUGCGGCUAAAGGGCACCUGGAAGCUGUGCAGGUCCUGCUCGCGGCGGGUGCAGACACCGAGAGGACGUCCUCAAGUGGUGCCACUGCCUUGUUUGCGGCCUGCCAUCGGGGCUCCGCAGCCGUUGUUCGAGUGUUGCUGGAGGCGAGAGCAGACACAGAAGCAUGCACUGAGGGUGAUGCCACACCACUGAUGCAGGCAUUGAAGCGCGGACAUUUGGAGAUAGUCCAACUGCUUGUUCAAGCUGGCGCUUCCACACAUCGAAAGAACCGCGCUGGUGUCACGCCGCUUGUCCUGGCCUGCUAUGGAGGGCUUAUGGAAGCUGUGCGCGUGCUGGGGGAGGCUGGAACGAAGGAGCGGCUUUAUUCAGCGGAGGAAAUGGCGACUCGAAUGGAUACUGGGAGUGGACUGAAGUGCAUCAGCUUCCCUAAGGGUCCAUGUACUCAUAUAGUUAAGGGCAUCCGGUGCCAUAAGGGAUCCUUUAAGGGAUCUUCUAAGGGUGCCAUAAGGGAUCCUUUAAGGGAUCUAGAAGGGUUCGAUGAGGGUUUAGGGUAUAAGGGUCCAUGUACUCAUAUAUAG